ACAAAUCUGCCCAACUUUUCGACAAGUCAAAGGGAGAACUUUCGUGGCAAACUCUAGUUCUACCUUACGCCAAUUCACGGCUUCGGUUCCCGCACUCCCAUUCCCUGCGCGACCCCUCUCGCUCGAAAAUUCCGCCUCACCAUAGCGCGGCCAGCCAAAACCACUUCCUUCUGCCUCCCAUGGCUCAAAAUGGAAGCUCCAUUCCAGACCUACCAGAGUCUGCCACAAAGGCUCCCGAAGGUGUGGUACUUCCUCCUAAGGACAUACGCGCCAUAAUCGAAAAGACUGCCGGCUACGUGGCUCGCAAUGGCACAGUUUUUGAAGAUCGCAUCCGAGACAAAGAACACGCAAACCCAAAAUUCUCAUUCCUAUCACCCAACGAUGCAUACGCUCCUUUCUACUUAUGGCGACUUUCCGAAGUGCGAGCAGGACGGGGAACAGCCGUCUCGGCCGGAAGAGCAGGAGAAGAUGCGAAACCAGUGACGGAGAAAGCCAAAGGUCCCGAGCCACCUUCAGACUACCAAUUCUCUGCUCGAAUGCCCAACAUUAGCGCUCUCGACCUGGAAGUUGUCAAGUUAACUGCUCUACAUGUCGCGCGCAAAGGAAAAGGAUGGAUGACGGCUCUAUCACAGCGGGAAGCCCGUAAUUAUCAAUUCGACUUCCUGCGACCUCAACACUCGCUCUACAAUUUCUUCCAACGUCUCGUUGACCAGUACAGCAUUCUUUUAUUGGCAGGACCCGAAGGGCAGAAAGCCGAACAGGCCCGCAUACAGAUACUUCAGUCCAACAUACAAGACCACUUCCGCGUGCUCGGCCUGGCACGAAAACGAGCAGAGUACGUCAAGUGGCAAGAGUCGCAAAAGCAACAGAAAGAAGAAGCCGAGGAGGCGGAAAAGUUGGCCUAUGCGCAGAUUGACUGGCACGACUUUGUCGUCGUCGAAACCGUCUUGUUCACCGAGGCAGAUGAACAAGCCGACCUUCCACCAACCACCACCCUAAAUGAGCUUCAGUCUACCAGUCUCGAACAAAAGGCAAUGAUGAGCCUCUCGCGUCCAGACAUGCGCAUUGAAGAGGCCAUGCCGACUGAUGACAUGGAAGGCUAUUCCUCAUAUUCAGAGUACCCCUCAAACGCAUAUCCUCAACAGACUCCCAGCUCUGUCCCCUUUCCGCACCAGCCACCUUCAGUUCCACAGUAUUCGCCAUCUUCAUCGCUCCCUCAACCUCCCCCCCAAACAGCAUACUAUCCACAUCCCACACCACCGCCGCAAAUUCCUUCUCCCGCGCCCCUUCCACCCCCAACAACCGCUUCUCCCGCGCCCGGUGCUGGCCAACCAGCGAUGCGAAUCAAGUCUGAUUACGUCCCUCGAGCCCAGCAGCGCACAGCACGCGCCGCCGCCACAGCAUUAUGCCCAAAUUGUAAUCAACAAAUUCCUGUUGCCGAGCUUGACGCCCAUUUACGCAUCGAAUUGCUUGAUCCGCGGUGGAAGGAACAACAAUCCAAAGCAGCCGCCCGCUUUAGCACCACCAAUCUCGGAGGUACGGACGUCGCAGCGAACCUGAAGAGGUUGAGGGAGAAGACCGACCGUUCUGCUGGAGGUGGAGGAAGUGGCGAUGUGGUCGCCGAGGCUGCGGCACGGGUGCUGGCGGAACAGGACCAGCUGAAUGAAGAGGAAAGGAGGAAGCGCAUGAAGAUGGACCCAGGCAAUGGGGUUGGUGUCGGCGUCGGCGUCGGCUAUCCUGGUCAGCAGCCAUCACAGCCGAUGAACGUUCAGGAACAAAUCCGCCAGAUUCAUUCAAAGUAUGCCUCUUGAGAGCCAAACGAAGAUCCCAAGUUACUGAGAGUCCUUGGUCCUUGGUCCUUGGACCCCGCAUCUCUGAAGAUCAAGGGAUUAUUGAUAUCCAUGUACUAUAGCAGCAACAGCAUUGGCCACAAUUGCUUAUUCAGGAUCAAUUCAUUGCUCAACAUGGCUGAGACCUCAUCCUAUGGCGGACCUUUGGUACGCCGUCUUCCACCUGAGGACCUAGUCAAGCCAAGUAUGAACAUGUAAUCCCAUCACACCAUGAUUGGUGUGCGUUUCGCUAGCACAAUUCCAUGGUAUCCC